CUCCGCAGUCGAAGCACGCGCAGCCGAACAACCCUUUCUCCCAGCUCCCUCUCCCCCCGCCUACCCGAGAGGAGAUAACGCAGGACAGGAAGGUACCCCCGCUUUGCCUCCUCUGAUUCCAUCUGCAUCCGUGAAAGGAUUCUCGCCGUGUUCCACCAGCGGCGCCUCGCGUCCCUCCAUCUCGGACCAAAUUUCGUGUUUUUUUAAUUUCAGUUCUGCCACCUGCUGAAUUAGCGAGUUUCUCGGCGGAGGUUUACCACCACAAGAAUGCAGUAGGGGUCGCAAACCCGCCGGCCGACGAGGGGUGAUGGCCGCGGUGGCGCCCAACGCGAGCAUGGGGCUGCUCAAUCUGGGCGGGUGCGGGGUUUUGCUUCCCUCCCUGCAGCCUAAUUCGAGCGCCGGUCACGGCUUUCUGGUCCCGAGAAGGGACGUCUCCGCGUUGCCGCUGAGCUGGGGUUUGGUCAGAAGAGGCAGGGUUCUCGACGCCGGGUUCGGGGCUGCGGGUGCCUUGGCUAGCGGAGAGGCCGGUGCCGGUUCGUCGGAGCUCCGGCACAUCGAGAAGGAGCUCACGUUUAGCCCCACAUUCACCGACUAUGUGAAGAUGAUGGAGUCGGUGAAGUUGGACAGGAGCAAGAGUUUGCAGGGAGGCGAUUCGGAUGGCCGUAGUUCAAGGAGGAGGUUCGACGGUGAUGGUCGACGAGAGGAUAGGGAGUCAAUUGAUCCAAGGAAGAAAUCAUUUGAGAGGAAAACAGGGUCUCAAAGGGAGAGAGGGCGUGACCAAGGCAGGGGUGAGAGGUUACCGAUGAAUGGCCGCACAGAAGAAUUUACUGGAUUGGUGGGUGAUGUUAAAAACAGCAGUGAUGGUCAGAGGAAAGUUGAAGAAUAUGUACAGAGAAGAAUAGUUCGAGGCGAACGAAGCAGAAUUGGAGACAGUACUGAUAGGGAUGACCGCAAGCAGUUUUCAUCAGCAUCAUAUGUGAAGGCUAAAGAUAACAAAGGUGGUGUGGUUGCUCAUGAAUCAGCAGGGAACAGGCAUGCCCAGUCAAAUGCACGGAAGGAUUUACAAGGACGUUCAACUUCUGUUGUAAGCCGUACUUCUGUCACUCGGAAUAGCAGCAUUAUAUUGAGGGACACCAAGUUGAUCAAUGCAAGAAGUAAUAUACACGAACAUGACUUCAGAUAUCCUAGAGAGAGAAAACUUUCCGGUAGCGAGGUCAAUGCUGACAGUAAAUUUCAUAGAUACCAGCAAAGAACAGAGAAUUCAGGAAGAAAUCUUGUAGGUAGUUUUAGAGAUAAUGACGUGGACUAUAGCAAACCUACUGUAAGCAAAAGAUACGGCCAUACACAAACAGUGUUUGAGAAUUAUGGUCAUCGGAGUGAUAGUUUGGAGCGUGGAAAACCUGAAACAAGUCGAAUGCACAGAGGAGAAAAUGUUCAACAGGGGAAGUUUGUUAGAAGAGAUUCAAAAGCUGUCGUUGAUGAUAGGGCUGCUUUCAAGACUUUUGAGGCAUUCACUGAUGUCAGGAACAGGCCACGGGCUCUUCAAAUGGAAAUAGAAGAGAGGAUUCAGAAAUUAGCUAGUCGGCUCAAUGCUACAGAUGUAAAUACUCCAGAGUGGAAAUUCUCCAAGAUGAUUCAUGAUGCACAGAUCAAAUUCACUGAUCACUCUAUCCUAAGGAUUGUUCAGAUAUUGGGUCGAUAUGGAAACUGGAAACGUGUUUUGCAAGUUGUUGAAUGGCUUCAGUCACGUGAAAGAUUCAAGUCCUAUAAGAGCAGGUAUAUUUAUACAACAGUCCUUGAUGUUCUUGGGAAGGCAAAGAGACCUUUUGAGGCAUUGAAUGUAUUUUACACCAUGCUGGAACAAUUAUCUUCUUAUCCUGACAUCGCGGCUUAUCAUUGUAUUGCUGUGACUCUCGGGCAAGCUGGUCUUGUGAAAGAACUAUUUGAUGUGAUCGAUUGCAUGCGUUCCCCUCCUAAGAAGAAGUUUAUGGUGGGUCCUGUUCAGAAUUGGGAUCCUCGGUUGGAACCAGACCUCAUUGUAUACAAUGCGGUUUUGAAUGCUUGCGUUCAACAAAAGCAGUGGGAAGGGACAUUCUGGGUACUGCAACAAUUGAAAGAGAAGAAUAUUCGCCCAACUAAUACAACAUAUGGUCUUGUAAUGGAGGUAAUGCUUGUCUGUGGCAAGUAUAACUUGGUAUAUGAGUUCUUCGACAGGGUGAAGCAAAAAUCAAUACCUGGUGCAUUGAACUAUAAAGUUCUCGUAAAUGCACUCUGGAGAGAAGGAAAGAUUGAUGAAGCAGUCAUGGCCGUGAAGGAUAUGGAAAAUCGUGGAAUUGUUGGUUCAGCUAGUCUCUAUUAUGACCUUGCUCGGUGCCUUUGCAGUGGAGGGCGGUGUAAAGAAGCACUUCUCCAGGUUGAGAAGAUAUGCAAGGUCGCGAACAAACCGCUGGUUGUUACCUACACAGGACUUAUUCAAAUUUGCAUAGAUAGUGGAAGCAUAGAAAAUGCUAAAUACAUAUUCAAAGAAAUGUGCAACUACUGCUCACCUAAUAAUGUGACUUGCAACAUUAUGCUGAAGUCAUACAUAGAUCAUGGAAUGUUUGAAGACGCGAAAGAUCUACUGGAGAACAUUCUAAAUGGCAGGAUAAGGAGCAAAGCGGAUUUGGAUCAACAAGCGAUUGCAGACAAGUUUACUUUCAAUACUUUCUUGGACGCUUGUGCCGAAGCAAAAAAGUGGAAUGAAUUCGAGUAUGCAUUUCGCAAAAUGUUAUCUAACGGCUACCAUUUUGACGAAAGAAGGCACCUACGCAUGGUACUUGAUGCCUAUAGGAGCGGGAAGGAGCAGCUGCUGGAAGACAUAUGGGACUACCUGUGUCGCAAUGGUCGGGUUCCACCGGCUGCCAUGAUAAUGGAGAGAUUCUGCCUAAAACUGAGACAAGGCCAUACGACGGCAGCACUCUCCUGCAUCAGCAGCUUCCAGGAGAGCAAGAUAGGCAACGUUUCCUCCAAAUCGUGGUCGAGUCUUCUGAACCGGAAUGCGGACCUCCUCGAGGAGGAGAGCGUCGCCGAGCUUGUCCACAAACUCGAUGGCCUCUCAAGGCCAGGGAGUCCCUGCAAUUCCUUGUACGAAAAUGUCAUGAGCGGCUGUACAGAGUUCCUUGGUGGUUCUGGUGGAAAGGCGCCUUCUGACGGAUGGGUGCCUUUCUGUAAUUCUUGACCGCCAUGUUAGCCUCCUAUCGUCGUUCAUAGUUUGGUUAUCAGUGGGGAGGGGACCACUGCCCUGCCUGUGCUUUCAUGCUCUUUUCCGAGAAUUUUGGCAGAAGUAGGAGUAGCAUUUUGGUUGGAUUGGUUGCUGGUAAUCUGGCAGAAGCAACCUUUACAUUGCCGUCGUCACCCUUAGCGAUGCGUGGCGUAAGCAUGCUUGCUUGUUGUUUCAGCAUCUAAUAGUGUAACAGUAACAGUGACGGACGAUAGUGCAUCUUGACAGCUAUAUGUUCAGUCAGACAAAAAUUUCCGAGCC